AUGAACAGAAUAUUUCUUCAAACGAUAACAGUGUUUCUAGGAAUGGAUGUUGGCCUUGUUGAAUCCUUGUUCUGUGAUGGAAAUUACACAAGUUCGAAUGGUACAGUAUCCUCACCAUCAUUCUCAAGUCGUUCAACUUAUAAAAACUCGUUGGAUUGCACAUAUGACAUUGAAGUUGGAGGUGAAUAUGGCAUAAAACUAUUGUGGUCAGCAUUUGAUGUCAGGGGUGAAAUGCCGAACUGUUUUGAAGAUUCUGUGGAGAUAUUCCUUGGAUGUGUGUCCAGACAUUCAAUUGGAAAAUACUGCUCUGAAAAUGGAUACAAGCCAUUUGAUGUUUACUCAUCUGAGAACUGCUUGCGCUUAGUUUUCAAGACAGAUACCUCUGGUGGAGGCAAAGGAUUUCAAGCGUCUUACUCAUCAUUCCUUUUAAAUGGUCGUCAAAGUGGUGUAGGAGGGGAAUGUUCCUCAACAAAGACCCUCACUGCAACAUCUGGUGUGAUUAGCUCUCCAAAUUGGCCCCAGGACUAUCCCAACUACAGAGACUGUUACUGGAAUAUUGAGGUUGGAAACAAGAGGAGCAUUAAAAUAGCUUUCAUGGACUUUCAUUUGGAAUAUGAUUUCUUAUGUGACGAUGACAAACUCAAAGUUAAAGACGGAGAUGAUCAUGAAUCGUAUGACAAGUCUGACACCCUCAAAGAGUCGAACUGUGGUGAACAAGACCCAUUUUACUUAAUGUCAUCAAAGGAGAGAAUUUGGAUCAGAUUCAAGUCAGACAGGUUCACUAACCACCGUGGGUUUGUUGCAGGCUACGUCAUGUAUGAUAAAACCUCCGUUAGCGCUAAAACUGUUGGCAUUGUGAUUGGCGUCUUGGUGGCAGUUGUUGUUCUGAUUGCCAUUGGUGUCUUCGUCUUCUACAAAUAUGUUCACCAAAAGAGAGUCAGGGCACGGGCGCCACAACAGAUGGCUGUGGCAUAUACUACUGCCCAACCUCAGCAAGUGGCCAUGUACCCUCCUUCUGCAGGGCCUCAGCAAGGUUACGCACCACCCCCCUACAAUCAAGGGGCGGCAGCUCCUUACCCCACACAAGGUAAACAACCGUACCCACUUGAACCCCUCGGGGGUGAGGCAGCAUACCUCCCCGGACAACCGGGCGGAGCACCUCCUUACCCCACUGGACAACCAGGUGGGGUGCCACCUUACCCUCCACAGUAAUCAGCGCGUCAAUGUGACCAUUGUGGAUAGCUUUUGGAAAUUUUUUUGCAGCUAUUAAUACGAGAAAAGUGAAGGAGAAAGAUCAC